AUGCCCGUCUCCCAUAUUGGUCUCACAGUUUCGCAUCUUCCAACUUCGACUUCAUUCUUUCUAGCCGCACUGCAACCUCUUGGUUACCGCUACAUUGGACAGUCAGGCAACCAGAUUGGUCUCGGUAUCCGUGAUGCCGAUUUCUUCCUGUGCCAGGAAACGCCUGGAGUAAAAGCAGGCGCCGCACAUAUUGCUUUCACCGCCCCUAGCACCACAGCCGUCCGGAAUUUCUAUACGGCCGCGCUGAAUGCCGGCGGUCGUCCGAACGGAGCGCCUGCGACUCGUUGUGAACAAGACGGUCACUUCAACGCCGCAAUACUCGAUUUUGACGGAAACAGCAUUGAAGUCGUAUUCAGAGAUGGCCCUGAUACCAGAGACGAUGGCACUGUGAUCGAGCAUAGUCGGGUUAUCACGUGGCAGAGGACCGUUGCUGGGAGCUAUCGCGAUGAUCGAAGUGUUGUCAGCUCACGCACAUCUGCCUCAAGGCCUGCCGGGAUCGAAGUCACGUCAAAGGCUCCAUCCGUUGUCUCAAAAGCACCCAGUGUUGCAUCCAAGCCUGCUAGUAUAGCUAGAAGCGUGUCUGAGCCUGUCACGGUUACUCAAUCGACAAAGACCUCGGAUGCCGGCGAUGGAGCAGCAAAGACGAUCAUUGGAACCCUUCUUGGCGCUGCUGCAGGCGCGGCAGUUGCCUACGCAAUGGUCAGAAACGAAAGAGACAGCGCGAAGAAGGAGGCAGACUUCAGUGCCUUCAUGGAUGCAAAGGAUACGGUCAGAGCUGCAGUGGGUCAUCUCGCUCAGGCCUCAUCCCAACCAAGGCAACCCAUGCAAGACCCACAACCGACCUACGAGACCGCGGCCUCGACUCCUCAGUCAGUACACCGCAACAUUGACGCGCAGUCAUACCAUUCCUCCUCACCGCCGCAAGCACAGAGCGUCUACGCACAGCGACAGAUCGAGGCCGCACCCCCUAGCUACUACUCACCGACUCAUAUUUCUGCUUCCCGAACGCAGGUCGGAGAGCCUCGGGCCGUCGAGUAUGCGCCUGCGUACUCUGUUGCGCCAUCACAAGCACGCUCAAGGCUCAGCGUUCAACGGUCUACAACGAGCCCCGAAAUGUUGACCAUGGAGAAGGCGAAGAGCGUCGCGUCAACAAUGAAGCCACAGAGUGUGGUGUCGAUGUCGAAAGCUCAGAGUGUCGCGUCAACAUUGAAGCCACAGAGUGUCGUGUCGGUCUCGAAGGCUCAGAGCGUGGCGCACAGUGUUGCGCCCAGUUCCCUUAUUUCCUCGUUCGUGCCUGAUGUUACCAGAAGAGAUAGCGAGGGUAGCGUUCACUCGCAUCACUCUAGCCGGUCUAAAGCAAGGUCGUCACAUACACAAGCCUCUAGACACACUUCGGCUUCGAAAAGUAGCCGUAGUGAAGCAGCGGAAUCUUCCCCUUCGCCACCAGCACCCGCAUCGAAAGCACCGUCCAAGGUUGCUUCAAAGGCAGCCUCAAUUGUCAGCAGUAUCCUUGGCCGCGAUUCCAAGUCGACUGCCAGCAAGCAUGACGACUUUAUCGACGACCUUGACAUUGAAGAGCUGACUGAGGACGACAUUGAUACCGUCGUACCGAGCGACAGCGUCUCCAACGCUGGGUUUUCAUCACGCCGCAGUCAUCGUAGCCAUCGUAGCCACAGGAGUCGAAAAGAUGAUGACUCUACCAUUAGUAAACAAAGCUCCAGCUCCAAACACAGCAAGCACUCGACUCGGUCUCACAAGUCCCACAAAUCCCGCUCGCAUCACGACUCCGAUGACUCUACCGAUGAAUCCGAAAAGCGCAAACGCAGCUCUCGCCCGUCAGUCAUCUCCGAGCCCAGCGACGCGAGUACUGUGAGGCCCAUCAAACCUUCUUCCAAAGUUGGUAGUAGGAAGGACUCGGUGACUUCGGGCCAGUACGAUGGUCUGUUUGAUGAGGUGCAGUAUGGCAGCGGGAGCGUGCCUAUCAGGGGUAUUACUCCCAGCAUGAUUAGUGCGGCGGGGAAGAACAAGAAUAAGGGCAUGAUCAACUAUAACCUGGCACAGAAGGUGAGGGCUUUCGAGGGCUAG